AUGCAUUGGAAAGGCCUGCGGCUGGUCGCCGAUGGCAGCUCCAAACGUCACAGCACAUUAGAACCCCAUUCCCAGUCUCGUCGCAGUGAACAGCUGUCACGUCCGCUUCCCCCCGUGGCCGAGCCCAGACUGUCCGAGUCAACCCCCCGCGGUCCAGAUCACUCAACUCAGAAUGCAGCUGACGAAUCGAGGCUUGACGUACCGGGAGACCUGCCAGACCAUGGAAUGAACCAUUCCAAUAUCGCGGGUCCUUCUUCCGGAGAGACACCUAGCUUGCGACGAAACCGAUUCAGCUUCAUGAGGUUACGACAUGCAUCUGACCCGCAGCUGUCCAAAAGCUACGCCCAGGCCCAACAGGAUGCUCCACCAGUGCCCUCCUUGCCGCCUCCCAAGAUCAUUACCACUGCCCCCACCAGCCACGAGCUCGAUCAACCCACUAAAGAACCGUCCAAGUUUAAGCUUCGGCCCUCGUCACGAAAGCACUCGAUGGAGGAGCUAUCCCGCAACUCAACAGACCAAACGAGGACGAGACCAGCACGGAAGAAUCAAGGGUCAACGGAUUCGCAGGCCGAUUCCGGUCUCUCGACAUUCCAAACAAGCAUGGAGCAACCAGGGCGACUCUCGACAACCUCAUUACGCAGUGGGGGUCGUGACCUACCGAUUGAGUCACAGCGGUCCUCGGUGACCGACCCUCGUUUCUCGGAAUCAUCUCGUUCGGAUCAGAGCUACGGUGACCAGGCAACGUUUCGCACCAACUCUCCACGUGAGGGCUUCGGAUCAACUUCUUCUGCAAAGCGAGGGUUCCGGUUACCACGUCUGAAGCGAAAUCGGAGCCCUCUUUUCCCUCUUCCUCCAAAACCUCCAGCAAAUCAGUCAAUUCUGAAUGGUCCCAAGUUUCCACCAGCAGAUACUCCGAAAUCAGAUGGGUCUGGAGAACAGGAUCAAGUGUCUCCGCUUCCUUCGCCUUCUCGGUCAUCUGUAGGACUGCCUAUCGUGAGUACCCGGCCACAACUGCAACGUCAUGACUCGAAUCGCUCGGUACGAUCCAGCCCUUCUCACCAAGCUAGAGGGAGAUCGUCCACUAUGGGAUCCUUGGCCGAAAACCAGGAGGAUUUGUCUCCAGUUCCAUAUCUCGUAUCAUCAGGACGCACAUCUACAUCUACGACUGGCCGCAAGAGCUUUGGUGAUCUUUUUAGCAUUACUCAGAGACUGAGACAAAACUCAGAACCCCCGAUUCCUCGCAAUGGGUCACCUGGAUUCGGUGGCUCAUCCACACCCAUCUCAAAACCUGAUCUCCCGCCCGUUCCAGAAAGGGAAGAGAGUGAUACGCCAGCCAGCUAUUUGACAAAGCUAGAAGAAAGCAUACCCCGUGGCAUGAUUGGUGGUGUAUUGUCCCAGUCGGGCGAUGAGUUUUAUAAGGUUGCUUUGCGGAAAUACAUGAGAUCAUUUACCUACUUCGGAGAUCCAAUUGAUAUGUCCAUUCGCAAACUUUUGAUGAUGGUCGAAUUACCCAAGGAAACUCAGCAAAUAGACAGAUUCCUGCAGUCAUUUGCGGAUCGGUAUCAUGAAUGCAAUCCAGGGAUCUUUGCAACCACAGACCAAGCAUAUUUCAUUGCAUUCUCGAUAUUGAUCCUGCACACCGACGUGUUCAACAAGAACAACAAGCGGAAGAUGCAAAAGAGCGACUAUGUCAAAAAUACUCGCGGUGAGGGUGUCUCCGAUGACAUCUUAGAGUGCUUCUACGAAAAUAUCUCCUAUACCCCGUUCAUUCACGUGGAAGAUGCAAAUCUACGAGACCGUCAUCUGGCCAAGCCCCGGCGAGCCUUGUUCAAAAGUACUAGUACCGAGAAUCUGGCUCUCCUAGGCCGUGAACCCGUUGAUCCAUACACGCUGAUAUUGGAUGGGAAAACCCAGUCGCUGCGUCCAAGUUUGAAAGAUGUAAUGGAUCUUGAAGAUACCUAUAAUCAUUUCGGAACCGCCGGCCCACCAGACAUGGAAGAUCUCCAUCAAGCGUUUACAAAAUCCGGCAUUUUGCAGAUUAUCUCGCUCCGUUCUCGUCCCGACGCAUUCAUGCAGAUGAGUCUCGAUAAUCCGGGCGUUUCAAAUCCGGGUUUGGUAGAUAUCAAGGUUGCCAAGGUGGGCUUGCUUUGGCGGAAGGAUCCGAAAAAGAAGAGGGCUCGCUCACCGUGGGCAGAAUGGGGUGCGGUGCUCACCUUCUCGCAGCUCUAUUUCUUCCGCAAUGUCACAUGGGUGCGCUCGUUGAUGGCACAGCAUGAGGGCUACUUGAAGAAUGACCGACAAGGCACGCUUGUGUUCCGGCCUCCUCUUGCAGAGUUCAAGCCUGAUGCGAUUAUGUCUACCAAUGACGCAGUUGCAUUAUUAGACACGAGCUACAAAAAGCACAAGCAUGCUUUUAGCUUUGUACGUCACAAUUCCCUUGAGGAAGUCUUCCUUGCGGCAUCUGAGUCUGAGAUGAAUGAUUGGAUUUCCAAACUCAAUUAUGCUGCGGCCUUCAGAACCACCGGUGUGCGGACGAAGGGUAUGAUUGCUACAAACUACGAGGGCCAACGAUAUCGUACGAGCCAGCGACUAGAAACUGCCUCGAUCAACUCUCAUGAGUCAGCGCCGAGGGAGGAGCCACCUUCGCCAAGCAUUGCCACUGAUAUUGUUGCCGAAUUUGUUGCAGCUCGAAGACAACUGAUGGGCCAAAAGAUCCGCGAAACGAACGAGAAGCUUUUUGUAACACAGAAACAGCUCGAGGAAUUGCUUCGAAAUGCUCGUCACCUUCAGGUAUUGACGCCAGUCAACCCCAGAGCCCGCGAAAACGUCAUUAUGGCCGCAGGCCGCAUGGCAGCGAAGCUCAAGUGGGCCAGACAGGAUAUCUGGCGCAACAAGUGCUACCGUGAAGUUCUCCUCCGGGACUUGGGAGAAGAUGAGAGUUUUGUUGAAGGGCGUGCCCGGUCCGUUGCUGAACAGACGACAUCAUCAGAUGCAGCACGGGUAGCCUCCAUCUCAGGGCCGUCGGUAAUCUCUGAGCCCAGCAUUCGCGGUGCGCCUAGUAUCAUUCAGACGACCUCCAGUCACGAUAUCAAUGAUCAAUCUGUGGGACCUGCAGCACCUGCUGAGAUUCAUAAUCCACCCACUGCUGACCUGACUCGACUUCAACGACCAUCAAUGGAUGAGACACGUCGCCCCAGUAUCCCGGCUUCUACCACCUCAUCCGAUGCAGCUCGCGUUGGCCGACCCUUGUCCAUGGCUGCUCUUCCUGACAAGCAUUUGGAUGGAUCAACAACGCAGCUAGAGCGAGAAUCAUCUGUUCUCAGUCGUGUCAGCAGGUUCGAUGGGGCCAGUCUUGGUUCCCGGGCAUCCAAACUCACAUCGCCAGUGAGCUAUGAUGAAGGCGAGGAACGACUUCUGCGAGAGAAUGGCUUAUUAGACUUGAGUGGCUCACCGCCGCCAAGAAAACCAUCCAGCAAUGUUCUAGAGUCAGAAUCGGACAACAAGAUGGAUGAAUCUUCGGAGGUUUCUCAAAGUGACCAUCGGCCUAGUCGUGUACGACGUAGUCUCCAUCGCACACUUCGAGACUCGCAUCCUCACAUGCCUCGUCAUCAUUCUCACAGCAAGAAGAAGCGUGGAUCGGUCUCUAGCAUCCCACCGCUCGAUGAUGAGCAAGCUCCCCAGGAUGCGGAAGGUCUGUCCCGAAAGACUCCCAAUUUCACCGUUCAUGGCAAAAAGGCUUCCAUUGUUACUUUUGGAUCUGAAUGGCAGAAUAUGCCUCCUGAGGAACGUCUCAAGCUUCGAAAGCCAACUCCUCAUGACGAGCCCAGAGCUUCGGAGCCAACGAUAAUUGGCAGUCCUGAAUCAGUCGUCUCGGACAAUCACCCUGAUCGUGUUCGACCCCUGUCUAUUCGAAGUGCAAGCACCACGACAAGACUCAGCAUCCACAGUGAUGGUGGACCGGUGAUCGAUUUCUUCAAGGAUGCUCAUGAAACCUUUGGAGGACCUCUGCACGCACCUGCCGUUCCUCAUUCUUCCUCGAUUCCACCCGAUCAGAAAGAUUCGGAACCAGAAGAGACAGAUGAAAUCCGUCGACCCACCUCUGGCUCUGGGUCUGUGAUAUUUGGUCCUCGUCUGACAGCACCUGGCGGCGAUGAGAGAACCACUUCGUCAACCACCUCACUCAGUGAACGAGCCGUCGAUACGCCCUCCUCUGAGAAUCUACGACAGCAAGCCGUCGGCGCGUGA